AUGCCGGGGAUCGGGGCCGUGGGAGCUCGGUGCAGGCACCGCCCGAGGAGGCGCCUCCCCAAGGCCGAGGCGGGCGCCCUGCACGCCGGCGAGGAGAGCGCCAUGGAGGCGGCCAUCUGGAUCUACCAGUUCCGCCUGAUCGUGCUGGGCGACUCCACGGUGGGCAAGUCCUGCCUGCUGCACCGCUUCACCGAGGGCCGCUUCCCGGGGCCCAGGAAUUCCGACCCCACCGUCGGGGUGGAUUUCUUCUCCCGCCUGGUGGAGAUCGAGCCCGGCAAGAGGAUCAAGCUGCAGCUCUGGGACACGGCCGGGCAGGAGAGGUUCAGAUCAAUCACACGCUCCUAUUACCGAAAUUCGGUAGGAGGUUUACUAGUGUUUGACAUCACCAAUCGGUCUUCUUUCGACCACAUGUCCGACUGGUUGGAUGAAGCUAAAAUGCAUGCAGACCCUUUCCAGCUGGUCUUUGUCUUGGUUGGACAUAAAUGUGACUUGGAGACCCAACGACAGGUUCCCAGAGAGGAAGCCGAAGAAUUGGCUUCCGCCUGCGGCAUGAAGUACAUAGAAACCUCAGCCAAAGAUGCCACAAAUGUGGAAGAGUCUUUUACAGUUCUGACGACAGAUAUAUACGAACUUGUGAAGAAAGGCGAGAUCACGAUGCAAGAUGGAUGGGAAGGGGUGAAAAGCGGUUUCAUUCCAAAUGUCGUACAUUCCUCGGAGGAGGCUGCCUCACUCGGAGACCAGUGCACCUGCUAA